CGACGCGCAGGGUCCACUUAGGGACCGUCGUCCUCGUCGAGCGCAUCACCGCGCGCGCUCGGAGGAGGGAACCGCGCCGAAAGCGGAGGGUGAACGCGUCCGGCAGCGCUCGCCGAGGGGGUGAAUCUAGAUUGGUUCGAACGUCAUGGCGGGAUCGGGACUGGACGUCGACUCCGUCAUCGAGCGGCUGCUCAGCGUGAGAGGGCAGCCGAACAACCGCACGGUGCAGUUAGCGGAGGGAGAAAUCAGGGCGCUCUGCGCGACCGCGAGGGAGAUUUUCCUCGGGCAGCCGUGCCUGCUCGAGCUCGAGGCGCCGUUGAAGAUCUGCGGGGACGUGCACGGGCAGUACAGCGACUUGCUCCGUCUGUUCGAGUACGGAGGGUUCCCUCCCGAGGCGAACUAUCUGUUCCUCGGCGAUUACGUCGACCGCGGGAAGCAAGGCCUGGAGGUGAUCUGCCUUUUACUGGCGUACAAGGUGAAGUACCCGGAGAACUUUUUCCUGCUGCGAGGGAACCACGAGUGCAACUCGAUCUCGCGGAUCUACGGCUUCUACGACGAGUGCAAGCGAAGGUAUAACAUCAAGCUGUGGCGAGUGUUCUGCGACGUCUUCAACUGCCUCCCGUUCGCGGCGAUCGUGGACGAGAAGAUCUUCUGCAUUCACGGCGGCCCGUCCCCGGAGCUGAAGGAUCUGCAGCAGAUCGUCCAGAUCAAGCGACCGACGGACAUUCCCGACAUGGGAAUGCUGUGCGACUUUUUGUGGUCCGAUCCGGACGCGGAUCUGCAAGGGUGGGGUGAGAACGACCGCGGGGUGUCGUACACGUACGGCACGGACGUCGUCGCGGACUUCCUCGCGAAGUUUGAUUUCGAUUUAGUCGUCCGCGCGCAUCAAGUGGUGGAAAACGGGUACGAGUUUUUCGGCAAGAGGCAGCUCGUGACCGUGUUUAGCGCGCCAAACUACUGCGGCGAGUUCGACAACGCGGGCGCGAUGAUGACCGUAGACGAGAACUUGAUGUGUUCGUUUCAGAUUUUGAAACCCGCGGAGAGGAAGCUCAUGGGAGGGUUUGGGAGCAUGAUGGGGUCGCGGCCGAGCACGCCGCCGCGGAACAAAGCCGGCGGGAAGUGAUCGACGCGAACAAAAACGUCGAGAGCGAGAGCGCUUCGAAGGCGAGGCUGGCGGCGAGCGGUGCGGUGCGGGGAUGGACGGCGCGGCGCUGCGCUCAUCGAUAGGAUGAACGCGACGCGGGCGGGAGCGGCGGUGGUUCUCGAGAGGGAUGAAACUGAGGAGGUUGGCGUAUGUUGUGCUUUGGUGUAACAAAAAAAUACCAUACGAGC